AUGUGCGCAUGCGCAGCUGUCUCUAGCUCACGCUCUCGGCAGAGGCGACGCUUGUGCGUGGUAGGGGCGGAACUAUUGGCCCCUGGCACGCCUGCCGCGGAAGAGGUGGGGGAGCUCAGCGCAGGCGCAGUGCCUCCUGCUCGGACGGACACCUUGUCGCCGUGGGAGCGAGUACCCUUUGCCCGCCCCCUCAUGAGGGCCGCCGCCCUUCUCCGGGGGCCCGGCUCCCGUCUCCUACGGGCCAGCCCGGGCUGCUGGUGCCGUCGCUUCUGGACGGCGUCCGGGGAAGCCGCCGCUGCCGCCGCCUCGCCAGGCUCCGGGGCUCGGAGCCCCUUUGACCGACAGCUGAAGCGGAAGCAGAAGAACUGGGCGGCGCUGCAGCCCGAGCCCGCCAAGUACAAUUACCUGAGGGAGGAGGUUGGUGGCAGAGUAGCAGACCGGGUAUUUGACAUAACCAGAACGUUCCGUCUUGCAUUGGAUGUUGGUUGUGGAAGUGGCUACAAUGCUCCGGAUCUCCACAAGGGACUGUAUGAAACAGUUGAAAAACUUUUUCAAGUAGAUAUGGCAGAGAAUGCUCUGAAAAAUACUAUGGAAACUGAAAUCCCCACUGUCAGUAUUGUAGCUGAUGAAGAAUUCCUUCCCUUCAAAGAAGACACAUUUGAUCUUGUUGUUAGCAGUUUAAGUUUGCAUUGGGUGAAUGACCUUCCUAGAGCUUUUAGAGAGAUUCAUCAAGUCCUUAAGCCAGAUGGAGUAUUUAUUGGUGCCAUGUUUGGAGGAGAAACUCUGUAUGAACUUCGUUGCUCUUUGCAACUAGCAGAACUGGAAAGAGAAGGAGGAUUCUCACCACAUGUAUCUCCUUUCACUGAUGUCACUGAUUUAGGACAUCUGCUGGGAAGAGCUGGCUUUAACACAUUGACUGUGGAUACUGAUGAAAUUCAAGUCAACUAUCCAGGGAUGUUUGAGGUCAUGGAAGAUUUGCAAGGUAUGGGAGAGAGUAACUGUUCUUGGAAUAGGAAGCCUAUCCUACACAGAGAAACCAUGUUGGCAGCUGCAGCAAUAUAUCAAGAAAUGUAUGGAAGUAAUGAUGGUUCAGUACCUGCUACAUUUCAGAUUUAUUACAUGAUAGGCUGGAAAUUCCAAGAGUCACAGGCAAGACCUGCCCAGAAAGGUUCUGCAACAGUGUCAUUUGGCGAUCUGGCAAAAAUAAAUUCACUUAUUUCAAGAGAGAAAAAGUAGUUCAUCCAAUGGCUACGACUGAACUGGAUCUUUUAUGGAACUUUGCAUUGCAGAUAUUCUACAGUUGUCAGGUUUCUCCUGUUAAUGUCACUUUGAAGAGCUAAUAAAGUAGUUACAGGA